AUCGCUUCCGCGCGCUGCCGGGCUGAGGCCGGGAAGUCGCGGCGGCAGCAGCAGCGAUCGGAGCCCAGCAGCGGGACCGGCCAUGUGAGAGAUCCCCCGCCGCCCCAGCACAACACUAGAUUUGUAAUGAAAUGGAGUCUGGGACAAACUCUUUUCGAGUGGAAUUUCCUGAUUUUUCUAGCACCAUUUUGCAGAAGUUGAACCAGCAGCGCCAGCAGGGACAGUUAUGUGAUGUUUCCAUUGUAGUUCAGGGCCAUCUGUUCAGAGCCCAUAAAGCUGUCCUUGCAGCCAGCUCACCUUACUUCUGUGACCAAGUACUCUUGAAAAAUAGCAGGCGAAUAGUCCUUCCGGAUGUGAUGAAUCCAAGAGUGUUUGAGAAUAUCCUUCUGUCUACUUAUACGGGACGGUUGGUGAUGCCUGCUCCAGAAAUUGUCAGUUAUCUGACAGCAGCAAGUUUCCUUCAGAUGUGGCACGUAGUAGACAAAUGCACUGAAGUGUUAGAAGGGAACCCAACAGUUCUCUGUCAGAAGAUGAAUCAUGGCAGUGAUCAUCAGUCCCCAAGCAGUAGUAGCUAUAAUGGGCUUGCUGAAACCUUUGAGCUGGGCUCUGGAGGACAGCCAGACUUCCACAAAGCGCAAGAGCUGAGGGACGGUGAAAAUGAAGAAGAAAGCUCUAAAGAUGAGCUGUCAUCUCAGUUAACAGAACAUGAGUACCUUCCCAGUAAUUCUUCAGCAGAACACGACAGACUCAGCACAGGAAUGACAAGUCAGGAUGGUGAAGAGGGAGCCAGCGACAGUGCAGAGUGUCAGUAUACAAGGCCUAUCUAUAGCAAACCCAGCAUCAUGUCACACAAGCGUUGGAUCCAUGUGAAACCAGAAAGAUUUGAACAGGACUGUGAAGGUGUAGAUGCACAUACUUACGAUGAGCACCAGGUGUCUGAAUCCAUGAAUGUCAUUCAGACAGAGCAUUCUAUCCAGUCUUCAGGAGUUGAAGACUUUCACGUAAGUGACAAAAAGAUGGAGGCAGAAUUUGAUGAACAGGCUGAUGAAAAUAACUAUGAUGAGCAAGUUGAUUUCUAUGGCUCUUCUAUGGAAGAAUUUUCUGGUGAAAGGGCAGAUGGAAAUCUAAAUGUUCACAGACAAGAUGUUAUGAUAGCAGCAGGGUAUGGUGAGAGCAUUGAAAUGGCUACAGGAAUUAAAGAAGAAACCACCCUCUCUGGAUUCUCACCUACUGACAAACUAUAUCCUUGUCAAUGUGGUAAAAGCUUUACACACAAGAGUCAGAGGGAUCGGCACAUGAGCAUGCACCUGGGUCUUCGGCCUUAUGGUUGUGGUGUCUGCGGUAAGAAAUUCAAAAUGAAACAUCACCUUGUCGGCCAUAUGAAAAUCCACACAGGCAUAAAACCUUACGAGUGUAAUAUCUGUGGGAAAAGAUUUAUGUGGAGGGACAGUUUUCAUCGGCAUGUAACUUCUUGUACUAAGUCGUACCAAGCCUCCAAAGCUGAGCAGAAUACUACUGAGAUGAACUAAAACAUAAGACUUAAUUGUUUAGCAGAGUAAGCAAAAUAAACUAAUUAUGCAAAUAUUGUCUGGUACUUGCUAUUGUGAAAUUUAAGGUUUUGGUUUUUUCAAGUUCUAAGGAUGUUGCUGAUACAGCUGUGAGCAGACCAAAUUUUUGUCCAUCUACUGUCUCCACUGCAGGUGCUUCAACCCUGCCCUGAUGGGACCCCUUUAGAGGUGAGAGGGAAGUUCAAAUCUCCAUGGCUUAUUCAUAGGACCCUCUGCUGAGACUGUAACUAAUGAGGCCACUUGUGGUGAUGUUUUUUGUUAAUAUAUUAUUGCUGUUAUUUAUUGUUUCACAGUAGUGCUCAAGGGCUCUGAUGGAGGCUCCAUUGUGCUAAGAGUUAAAUAAACAUUCUGUAAGUUCCAGACCCAAAACCCACAAUCUUAAAGCCUCAAUCCUGCAAACACUUAUUCCUGUGCUUAACUUUAUGCAUGAGAAGGUGGCAAUAAGGGUAGCAGUAGCACAAGAUUGCAUAUGUUAGCUAUGUGUAGAAAUUGCAGGAUUCAGGUGUUUUUGUUUUAAAUAAAUGAAUAAAGGAUUUUAGUUAUAUAGAACUUGCUGUCAGCAGGGAACUGAACAGAUGUCACCAACUUACUUAACAUGGGUCAUUAAACAGCCUUCAGAUAGCUAUAUUUUUUUGUGAAAAGCCACUUUUUGUGUCAGGCCUCCCUUUACUUGUUUGUUUACCCAUUUUUUUUCUCUGGCAGAGUGUCUGGUUCUGUCUAGUUACUGGGCCUAGUUCUAUUUGUUCAUUUUUGUAAAGCACUUGGAUAUAUCAUGAUGUGUGCUGCAUACAUUUAAGAGACAGUUACAUUAAAACUUCAUUUGUUUGUACCCCUGCAGUGUAUAAUGUUAAAGUCGGUUGGGCUGUCUUUCAACCUUGGCUGCCACAUCGUAAGAGAACUUGUGGAAGUGUGUGUAGCAAGAGGGCAUUUUAUCAAAAUGUUUUUAUUUUUUUAAGUGCAUAGUUGGUAUUAUUCCAACACUCAAUAAAGCCUUUAACCUAUAGCUCAAGUUUCAGAUUUUCAUGGCUUACUGCAGUAGCAAGUACCAAACUCACUGUAUUAUACAGGCUUGUUUUCUUGGUACUAAAACGUCUUUGAAAAUUUCUAUCCUUUUAAAUCUGAAGAGCUAGAGACUUGCUUCAGGAAGUUCUUAUUAGUCAUUGAUAAACUGGCAUUUAAAUAUUUAAUCCUCUACUGGUUGAACAGUGGGGUCCAUAAUACAUGUUCUUGAUUGUCAACUACUGUGACUCUGAUCCCAUUCAAAGGCACAAGCAGGUCAGAGCUGUUUUCUUUCCAAAUGAAGGCCCUAGCUGACAAACAAUUUAAAUUACCCUAGUUGGAUCCUGUUUAAUUAUACAGUGGGAUGUGCACAAGUUUCAAGUUUGUGAGCAAUUUCUGGAUUCUUAGUUGUGGGAAGGUGGCACUGGUGCGCCAUGAGGAGGAUGUAUUAUACACUGGACUCAUGCUCUAGCAGAUGGAGCAUUGUCGUAGUUCUGGGAGAUUUGACAACCAUCCAGGCUAGAGGGAAUGCAUCAGUUGUGAAGGUGGAGAUAAGAUUUAAGAUGGGGAUUGAAGAAGGCAGCUCAAAAUGGUUGAAAGCCUUUGCAUUCCUACUCAGAAGCAGUUAACAUACAAUGUAGUUUACCUGGUGUAAGAAUGAAAGAGCCUCCUUAGCAUACACUGUGGUCACGAUCAAAAGAGGUGAGUCUACAUACAUGUAGCCCUCUUCCAGCGCUGGUAACUUGUAACAAAAUAGUUACCCAGCACCAAAUGGCUACCAAACAUGUCUGGCCCCAAGUUGCAUCCAGAUUCUGCAAUCUGUAGAAUCAUGGGACUAAAAUACGAAAUGAUCCAUUAUGUUAAAGCCACACGCAUAAACAGACAAUUCCCCCUUUAGCUGUUUUUCGUCUUUAUCUGCUUAGCAGCCCAAUUAAAAAAAUAUUUUAACAUCUAACCAAACUGUAUCCUGAACAUGAAUGUCUGACACACAGGUGAGCUUCAUUACUUGGUGGGCUAUUACUGCAACUCAUUGGCAUAUUACUUAAACUUAAGUAAAAAUGGGUUUUUUAAAGGCUCUCAAAUUUUACUCUAUCAAUUCUUCAGAUAUUUUUCAUACAGAAUUUUGAGUACAGAACAUGAGUCCAUUGCUGGCAAUGGACAUACAAAUGGUCAGCACUUGUUCUUAGCACUUACUUGAACUCUACAUCAAAGCAGAGUGGGGGUGAUAAUUGCUGUCUAACCCAUGUACUCAAGGUAACUAAACAGGGAUCUGUUCACGAACACUGUAACCUGAUCAAUGUAUAGAAGCACUUUGUAUUUAAAAAUCUUUAUACAUAUUUUUUACAUUUAGAAAUUAUAUAGUCCCUCUAUGGUUUCUUUCCACAUUUACACACUCUAUUUAAUAUUGAAAUUUAUAAUGGUAGCAGGUUAUUUCCUUGUGUGUUUACAUGACUGUAGGCAGAGAGUUCCUGUACUUACUGGCCCUUUUCUUCCAUUUCCCCACCUCCUUACCACAUACAGGGAGUACUUUUUGUGAGUUUUAUGGUUCCAUUUGGAGGAGAUAAUGCUCCUGUUCUCUUCAAGAUUGUUCUAGUACAGUGGCUCUCAUUCUUUUCUAUACUGUGACCCCCCCCAAAGGACAACAGAGAAGAUUUGGGGACCCAUCUGGCCAUAAAAAAGAGAGGGUGGUUGCAAACCCCAGGUUGAGAACCCAUGGUCAAAUAACAAAGUAUACUUCCAUCAGACUCAGACCUCCCUACAGAGCUGCCUGUGAAGCCCUUUCAUUUACCGGCUUGAGAUGAUUUUUAUAUGGGACUUUUAAAA